CUGUCCGGAGUUUUUCUCACAGCUCAGACCCUCCCUGAGGAAAGGCAGUGAUAUAAUGGGGCGAGCCUGAGUCACCGCUGCCUUUCUCAUAGGACGUUUUAAUUCAGAGCAACCUUCAGGUAGUUUAUAAGAGCGCGGUGAGCUCAUAUUGAUUCGUGCUGUGGGGCAGAUCAGGGGGAUGAACGGAUGGGAUGUGAAGGAUGUCAGUGUUUGUAAAUCAGCUUCUUAACUGAUUAAAGGGAGAAGGGCAGCUAUGCGAUCCAUCAGGCACCACACCACUGUCCUGCAGACCACACCAGACUGCCUUGAUUAGAGGGUGAUAAUCAAAGCUGAGCGUGACGUAAUGCGGACAAAAGCAUGCUGAGUGACUUGGCAAGCUUGGCGAGCCCGGCUGAACUUCGCUGAGAGGAUGAGGCAGGCAGUAACUGCCACUCUCUCUGUGUGGGGGGAGAGACGCUUCGGUUACUCCACGCUGAAAGACUCCAGGGAGGCACUGCUGGAUGAGGGCUGGCUCAUGCCUGGCCUUAAGGAGGACUCUGUGAUAGAGGAGAAGGAGCUGGCCGACAGCGAGCAGGAGCAGCUGGAGGUUGUGCUGGGAAGUGCGCCGUCCACCCCAGAAGAUGCUCAGACCCAGGGUGACCCAGGCCAGCCUGAGACAGACACACUGUCCUCUGCCCACAAGUGUGAGUCACCGUCAGGCCGCAGAGCCAGUGUGAACGUGACUGGGUCUGAGAUUGGAGCGUCCCAUGUGAGGAGGGGGUCUCUUGGUGCCCUCCCUGUGCAGCGCUGCAGCUCCCUGGGCUCCACAGCCCCUCAGUGGGUCCCUGAUUCGCAGGCUCCUGCGUGUAUGAAAUGUGGCUCCAAAUUCUCCUUCACAAGGAGGCGGCACCACUGCAGAGCCUGCGGGAAGGUGUUCUGUGUGGUGUGCUGUGACUUAAGAUUCAGAUUAACUCACCUGGGUGGAAAAGAGGGGCGUGUCUGUGUCACCUGUCACUCAACUCUCAUUAACAGAACUCUUCGGAAGGAGCAAAAGAAAGUUUGGUUUGCUGACAGUGUUGAAUCAAAAAAUGAGUCGUCCAGUGCCAAUAAUACUCCAACUCACAUGGAUGCAAUCCAGACACACACUCCUGCAGCAGCUCAAGUGGUGUCAACGGAUCUGCCUGAGUUGCUGAACUCACCUUGCUUGGAAAGGGAGGAAGUGGUCAACAGCCCCAAAGGAAGCUCAGCUAAACCCUUACCACACAAGGGACUUCCUCCCAUCCUCACAUCUACAGGGGUUAAAGGAGAUUACACGGUGGAGGAGAAGCGGACAGAGUCCUCACUGCUGGAGGAGCUGGAGCAAGGUCAGACCGAGCCGCUGGUGUUUGUCCUCAACGCCAACCUUCUGGCCAUGGUGAAGAUCGUCAGCUAUGUGAACAGGAGAUGCUGGUGUGUGAUGUCUAAAGGGAUGCAUGCUGUGGGUCAGCCAGAAGUGGUCGUGCUGUUGCAGUGUCUGCCCGAAGAGAAGAGGUUCCCCACAGACAUUUUCAGCCACUUCAUUCAGAUCUACUGGGAUGCACAGACUGCAGGAAAGCUCUUGAACCACCUGAGUCACUCGGUGGCGGCGCGAGGGUUCCUGGGCAGUAAAGAACAUGCUGGCUUUCUCUACAUGCGUCCAACGUUCCAGUCCCUGGAUGGCUUGCCUUUGCCUCCACAGCCCUUUUUGUUUGGCCUGCUGAUCCUGCGGGCUGAGAUUCCCUGGGCUAAAGCCUUCCCGUUGCGACUGAUGCUGCGUUUGGGUGCAGAAUAUCGAUUUUAUCCCUGCCCUCUGUUCAGUGUGCGCUUCAGAGAGCCGCUCUUUGGCCAGAUUAAUAACAGCAUCAUGAGACUCCUAGUGGACUUUCGCUUCUACCGUUACACGUUGCCGGUGGUGACAGGCCUCAUGGUUGAUUUGGAGGCACGGAGCACAUGCAUCACGAUUCCUAAAUCACGGCAUGCUGAGCUGCUGAAGGCGCUGAAUAAGUCGAAUGAGAGAGUGCUGGCUAUGGGAGCUUGCUUUAACGAGCGCGCCGACUCCCACCUCAUCUGUGUGCAGACUGCAGAUGGACAGUACCAAACACAGGCAAUCAGUAUCCACAGUCAGCCACGCAGAGUUACAGGCUCCUGCUUUUUUGUGUUCAGUGGAGCCUUGAAAGCCUCAUCAGGAUACCUGGCCAAAUCCAGCAUUGUUGAAGAUGGUUUGAUGGUUCAAGUUACGAUGGAAACCAUGCUGGAGCUGCGGCGAGCUCUCCGUGACAUGCGGGACUUCACCCUCACCUGUGGGAAACUCCAGCAGUCAGACAGACAGGAGUAUGUGCACAUUCAGUGGCAAGACGAGGAGCCUCGCUUCAAUAAGGGUAUAAUCAGCCCCAUUGAUGGCAAAUCUAUGGAAUCCAUCAGUUGUGUCAAGACACACCAACGAUUAGAAUAUCGAGCCAACGGAAAGGUCAUACGCUGGACGGAGGUGUUCUUUCUUCAGAGGGAGGAGCAAUCAAACGGGCCAAAUGCUAACGCCAAUCAUAACCGCCUGACGGAACGGCUGGCACGGGCCUUCUGUUUGGCACUGUGCCAGUCUCUGAGCCUGCUGAAAGAGGAUGGCAUGACCAAACUAGCACUGCGGGUCACACUAGACGGGCAGAAGAUGGAGUUCCUGGCAGGCAGUAAUGGCCAGGCUCUGCCGCUGCACUACCAGGACAGUCUCAACCAGUCAUUACGGGCCGUCGUACAGAGCGUCUCUCAGCGCCACGGACACGCUGCCCUGCAGCUGGAGCUCAUUUUCUACAUCCUGGAGGACAUAUCCUAGAGAACACCUGUCGGACCCCCCACCAUGCUGCCAUCUGCCUGACCAUCCAGAGCUGGAUGAAACGGAAGACAGACACACUGUGCCAAAUCUCAUAAUUCAAGCCAAUCCACUCUAAACCUUUCGUCUCGCUUUAUUGAUUACUGAAAAAAAAUCGGUGGCAAAUUUGCAUUACUAAAAUACCACUCUCCAUAUAACGCAGUGUUUCUCGGUCUUGGUCUUGGUCCCCCUCCCGCCCAACACUUGUUUCAGAGUAUUCCCUGCUUUAACGCACUCACUGACUCUCUGAAGGGGCUUGUUAAUGAGCUGAUGAGUUGAAUCAGGUGUGUUGAAGUGUUAAAGUACUAAGGCUGUGUUCAGACUGCAGGUAAUGGCAAUUUGUUUCUUGAAACAGAACAGAUCUGUUGAGAUGACUGUUCAAUCCGUAACCCUGCGUUCACACUGGCAAGUGACAAGUCUCUUGUGGGUGGGUUGGAGGCAGUUUGUGCUGUCGGGAGUAGGUGGGUAUCGGUAUGGCCGGUUAGCAUGCUAUUAAGCUACCCAUCAAGCUCUACUCCACUGUCUUCCAAGCUUUUAUGUUUCUCCAAACUGCUCCUGAGUUUGUGCAAAACUGAUCAAGUAAAACAGAAAGAGCAAAAACAGCAACUAUAUCCUUCUCUGUCUGUUUAGAACUGGAAAUAGCAUAGAGGACCUUGCACCCCAUGUCUGUGAUUGGUGCAAAGGAUUUGUUUGGCUUAUUAGUGUAGAAUGUCACCCCACCGUGUCAUAAUUCAUGUGCAUAAAGUUGAGAAAAUUUGAACUCUGUCUCUUGUGGCUUGUUGUAGCUACAAAUUUUCAAGCCCUCUCGGAGGAAAUGAAUGGUGGCCUGUUGCUCUGUCGUCUGCCAGUGUGAACUAGGGAUAGGUUAUAUGGCCCUAAAAUAAUAUCACAAUAUUUUAUGGUAUUUUAGCGAUAACGAUACUCUUGGCGUUAUGACAAAACACUAAAUAAAAAAAUUAUAUAAAAGGAAUACACUGCUGUGAAAAAAAUCUAAUUACAUUUUAUUAUUGCAUACAAUAUGAUAUGACACACCCCAAACUGAGAUAUUAAAAAUACAGAAUUUUAUCAUAUUCAUAACAAGUCAAUAGUCCAGAAUGUCAUGAUACUAAUAAUGCACUCCAGAUAUCUCCAUAUAUCCAGGACUAAAGUAAAAUAAAUUAUACUAGACAAAUAUAAUCUAGAUAUAUAGUAGAUAUAUAAUGGGAAAUGAGAAGAGUGUGAAUUUUUCUUUUGUUGCUAAAAAUAGCAAAAAAUAAAUAAAAAAUAGAACCCUGAUUUGAUAAUUAGGGAUGAGUGAUCUGGAACGAUAUUUCUGGGUAUAAUAUUGUUCACAAUAUUUAAGAAUGUUGACGAUAUUACUGUGUAUGAUACAAUAUGGCACACAACCUAGUGUGAACGCAGGGUUUUGGCUUUGUUUAGACUACAGAUUUUCAGAGAAUUUUGAUGCUAUGAAAAGCCAGAAAGCACAUUAAACCUAUGGAUUUGGAUGUGGUUUGAAAUGUGUUUACAACCAGCAUCUCAGUCUGGACACUGGUCACUUUAACCACCUGUUGCGUCAGUUGCAAAAUAUGAGAAAUAAUGACCUCUUUAUGUAUAAAGUAGGGGAAGUGUGUUGGUCCAAAAAGAUGCCAAAGGUACAGCAACCCAUGCAUUAGAUACACAAAUCCUAUUAAUAUUCAGUCUGAACAUGAAACAUGAAAAAUGAAAAAAAAGAAAAAAAGAUUUUGGCUGGAAGUCUGAACAUAAAUUGAAUAUGCAGGACAGAUGGGUGCCAGGUCCAGGAUUCAGAAACAAUGCUGUAAUGUAAUGUUAAAAAUUAGCUUUGUAUCUCUCCUGUAGAUCUUUGUGAGGGUUCUAGGUGUAGACUCUUUAAACCUAGCCAAUGGAUUCAUUCAGAAAUUCUGAGUCGUGUUAAAAUCAUGUUGCCACCAGCAGCAACUCCUCUGUUGCUUUGUUAGACGAGUAGCAUUAUCUGUACAUGUUUCUGGCGCCAUACAUAAGCGUUUUUGGAGAUUUUGAGGACUUUGGCGCGAGGCUAACAUGCAUGUUAAACAACACUGAACAUUGAAGACAAACAAGACAAAAAAAAAGACCAAAGGAUUCAGAAAAUCAUAAACGAAUGAUGACUAAAACUUCGCAUGACCUAAAACUGGAGUUCUUUUUCUAGGCAUUAUAUUUGCUGCGUUCAUAGUCUUCCAUGUACUACUGUGAAGAGGUCAUUCUGGGUGUUUUAGGUUGAGCCUGGUUUGUAGAUUAUACAGGUACCUUCCCCGCUUGUCACUGUACAAAUACCAUUUACGUCUGCGCUGUACAAACACCCGGCUUGACUCCUACUGUUCUGUGUGAAAUGGAGCUGUGGGUGUGGCCUGACCUCUGCCCUACAUUCUCCUACACUUGAAAAGAGCAAGUAAAAAGCUGUUGAAAUUAUGGAGUAGUAAAUGAUGAUCAUAAUUUUUUCAUAUGCACUAAACAGAUUGGGUUUCUUUCUUUCCCCAGAAUGGACCCUCUGACCCUG